CAGUGACUGCUUAUAAAGUUGGCUUUAUAUUCCUAUUGAUUUUCCAUCUCAAGGAAAUUCUGCAUUGCAGCAGUAGCAGUCAGGAUUUUCUGUGCUCCACAAUUCCGUAAAAGUCAACCAUGGCUUUUAAAGCUACCAGAUGCCCCACGGAGGACUUGUCUCUGAGUAAUUGUGCAGUUGUUAGCAGUAAUGAUUUUUCAGAUGAUAUAAAAUAUAUAGAUGUUCACACUGGAGCAAACCAACAUUUUGUUUUCUCAAUAAAAUCACACCCUAAUAUCCAACCAGGUCAUGUAGGUUUCAGUUUGCCACAAAGAAAGUGGGCUGUUUUAUCAUUGAAUCAGGACAUAGAAGUGAAACCCUAUGCCUUUGGAAAUGCAGACUGUCUUUCAUCAAUCAUUCUUGAGGCAGAUUUCUUGCAAAAGAAACAAGCUGUUGCUGAACAAUACAAUACAGAGGAAAUGGCUAAAGAAUUUUUGAUGCAAUUUCCUCAUCAGGCUUUCACUGUAGGUCAGCAGCUUGCAUUUCAAUUCAAUAACAUGAAGAUGUUGUCUUUGGUUGUGAGGGACUGUGAAGCAGCUGAUAUUGAGGCAAUCAGAAAGGGAGUGGAUUCGAAACCAAAGAAAACCAAGAUUGGUAGGUUGUUGCCAAACACUGUGGUCCAAUUUGAGAAAGCCGAAAAUUCCGCUUUGAAUCUUAUUGGAAAAGCUAAGGGUAUGCAGCCAAGGCAAUCGAUUAUAAACCCGGACUGGAACUUCCAGAAGAUGGGAAUCGGCGGUUUGGAUAAUCAAUUCAACGCUAUAUUCAGGAGGGCCUUCGCUUCGCGCGUCUUCCCACCGGAGAUUGUCGAGCAGUUGGGUUGCAAGCACGUGAAGGGUAUUUUGUUGUACGGACCUCCCGGUACCGGUAAAACCUUGAUGGCCCGUCAGAUUGGUAAAAUGUUGAACGCCAGAGAACCGAAGAUCGUCAACGGACCUCAGAUUCUGGACAAAUACGUGGGCGAGUCCGAAGCAAACGUGAGAAGGUUGUUCGCGGAUGCCGAAGAGGAGCAGAAGCGCGCCGGAUCCAAUAGUGGUCUUCACAUUAUCAUCUUUGAUGAAAUCGAUGCGAUCUGCAAGUCUAGAGGUUCCGUCGCUGGCAACACGGGCGUUCACGACACCGUUGUGAAUCAGUUGCUCUCGAAAAUCGAUGGUGUCGAGCAAUUGAACAAUAUUUUAGUCAUCGGCAUGACCAACAGAAAGGAUAUGAUUGAUGAGGCGCUGUUGAGACCGGGAAGAUUGGAGGUGCAAGUAGAGAUCAGCUUGCCGAAUGAAGAGGGUCGUUUCCAGAUCUUGAACAUCCACACUACCAGGAUGAAAUCUUUUAAGAAAAUCAACCCAGACGUGGACAACAAGGAGCUGGCGAUUUUGACAAAGAACUUUUCCGGUGCAGAACUCGAGGGUUUGGUCAGAGCUGCCCAAUCGACAGCUAUGAACCGUCUGAUCAAAGCCGCGAAUAAAGUCGAAGUCGAUCCGGAGGCCAUCGAGAAGCUGUUGGUGAACCGCGCUGAUUUCUUGCACGCUCUCGAGAACGAUAUUAAGCCUGCAUUUGGCACAGCUCAAGAAAUACUUAACCAAUUCCUAUCUCGUGGCAUUGUCAACUGGGGUAGACCGGUUACAAGUAUUUUGGAGGAUGGAAUGCUCUACAUCCAGCAAGCUCGCGAUCCCGACACCGCUGGAUUGGUGUCCGUUCUGCUGGAAGGACCUCCGAACAGCGGCAAAACAGCUUUGGCCGCCCAACUUGCUAAGAACUCUGAAUAUCCAUUCGUCAAGGUGUGCUCUCCGGAUGAAAUGGUUGGAUUCACCGAGACCGCGAAAUGCUUGCACAUCAGAAAAGUAUUCGACGAUGCGUAUCGCUCCACUUUGAGCUGCAUCGUGGUCGAUAAUAUCGAAAGACUGCUUGAUUACGGAUCCAUCGGUCCCAGAUAUUCUAACUUGACUUUGCAGGCGCUCUUAGUUUUACUUAAGAAGGAACCGCCACCAGGCAAGAAGUUGCUGGUAUUGUGCACAAGCAGCAGAAGGCAAGUUUUGGAGGACAUGGAAAUGCUGUCCGCCUUCACCGGAAUCCUUCACGUGCCGAACUUAUCCAGGCCCGAGCAUUUGAUGGCAGUUUUGGACCACUCGGAAGUGUUCUCCAAGCAGGAGCUGCAGCAAAUUAAUAAGCAAACUCAAGGAAAGAGGUUAUUUGUUGGAGUUAAGAAACUGUUGGCUUUGAUCGACAUGGCCAAGCAGAGCGAGGAGCACAAAGUCAUUAAACUGAUUACUAAAUUGGAGGAGGACGGUAGCUUAGAUUCCGGUGUCUGUUAGGAGUAGUCAUUAGUUUGUGAUGGUAUCACAACAUAGCUGCUUCAUUCCAAUACUGUAUUAUUUAAUUAUACCGCUUCUGUAUCUUUAGUGGAAUUCUUUUUUAUUUUUUGGAGCGAAGAUGUCGUUUAAGCUAUAAGAAUUAGCUUCGAUGAUAAUAACUCUUCAAUUGCAAUUUUUCUUCCUAAUUGUUACUCGAUGUUAUUCCUCUCGAUGUGUGUAUAGGUAGGAUACUAAACAGCUGCAAUAUUAUAUAGUCAAUAAUUGUUCAUAAUACAAAAUUCUGUUUAGGAUAAAGUUACGUUUGUAUAUUCUAGUAUUUAUUUAUAUUUUCAUUUAAUUUAUAGACGUGUUAUUAUUUGUAGGUGUCAUCUCUUAGUGUUGUUGAGCAUUGCUCCAAGUCGACGCUAAAUGAUGAUUCAAGUGAACGUGGAAAUGUGUAUGUGCCGAUUGGUUUAUUCCUGUUAAUAUAACUAUUAUUUUAUUAAUUAUUGAUAUAGUCAAUUAUGAUAACGAUCUUCUGUAGUCGAAAUGAUGUGGUUACUGUAUAAAAUAAUAGAUUCAAUGCAUUUAUCCAUGAGCAAAUUGUUAAAGUUCUUGAAGCACCACAUGUUAGAAAUGGGUCAUAAGUUAUUCCAGAGAACAAUUAUAUAUAUAUAUAUACUGUACAAAAUAAAGUUGAUUGUCAACACUUGAUUUAUUCAGUAGAUCGAUGAUCCAGAGCAAUAAUCCAUCUUCAUUUAGAACUUCAGUUAUAUGACUGAUUUUAAUAUGUAUCUGAGAGAAAGUACCCAAUCAAGACAAAUAAAUAUAAAAUAGUUGUCCUUUAA